CAGUCCACAGCUUGCCAGUCUCCACAGAAGAAAGGGUCUCACUCCACCAGGCCGCGUGAUGAGACAACUCAAAAGCCGGGAUCCAUCUGUCCAGUGCAAACAGAUAGAGACAGAAGCCCCAGAUGGUGAAGGAGAAGCAUCAGACAAUGGAGGAGGAGAAACAGAAAUGAUGCAGCAGGAGACAACUCCAGUUCCUGCCCCGUCAAAGAAACCCAGUCAGCCUAAAGAAUGUUUCUUGAUACCACCAAAGGAAUCAAAAGAGGCUACUACCAAGACCAAGAAGAGGAGAAAGAAGAAAAUUACUGAUAUUCUUGCAAAAUCAGAGCCUAAACCAGGGACACCUGAAGACCUCCAGAAGCUGAUGAAGGACUAUUACAGCAGCAAGCGUUCAGUGAUUGAACUCGAAGAACUAACAUUACCAGAUUGCUGCUUCCUCAAGGCGAAUGAUUUGACUCAUAGUCUCUCAUCUUACUUAAAAGAAAUCUGCCCUAAGUGGGUAAAACUUCGGAAAAACCAUAGUGAGAAGAAAUCCGUCGUGAUGCUGGUGAUCUGCAGCUCUGCUGUCAGGGCUCUGGAGCUCAUUAGAUCCAUGACAGCAUUCAGAGGAGACAGCAAAAUAAUAAAAUUAUUUGCAAAACACAUAAAGGUCCAGGAACAAGUAAAAUUGCUAGAGAAGCGUAUCAUGCACGUGGGGGUAGGAACUCCAGGAAGAAUUAAAGAACUUGUUAAACAAGGUGGCCUUAACUUGAACCCCUUAAAGUUUCUCGUUUUUGACUGGAACUGGAGAGAUCAGAAGCUGAGGAGGAUGAUGGACAUUCCCGAGAUAAAAAAGGAAGUUUUUGAGCUUCUGGAAAUGGGAGUCCUCAGUCUGUGCAAGUCAGAAUCUUUGAAGCUGGGUCUUUUCUAACUCUGGGUCCUACUGAAUAUUCCAGUUUUCAUGUGUUAUAUUUCAUUUAAUGGCUCUGGUGCAUUUCAGAUACUCACUUCAGAUCCGUUCUUAUUUUACUCUCAACUGGAUCAUCGGAUGAUCAUUGGGAAUGUUUGAUGGGAAUUUGCGGGGGGAAAGACGAAUUUGUCCUUUACCAACUCUUUGUAUAAUAAAGUAUAAUUGACUCUUAUGUGCUUUUUACUGAGGUUUGUGUGUGUGUGUCUCUUCACAACUAGAUGGUCUUUGAUAUUUCUGCAAAAGAGAAAAUGUUGGGCAAACCUAGGCAAGCCCCUUGUAUCUGUGGACCUCAGUUGUACCAGCUGUGUAAAGGGGAUGAUUUCUCACAGACUGCUAAGGAUUCACUGUGAUAGUGCAUGUGGAACUUUUUU